CGAGCGCAGGAAGUUACCGGGCCGCUCUCGAUCCGGCGACAGACGACCGACAGCGACGCUAUGUAAUAACCCAUCCGACGGCACGACGUCGCGGUAAGCCCUAGGUUUUGGUGAUCCUGUAUCAACUGUAGCCUCAUCUUCCUGUUCUUAGCUGACAGGAGUGGUGGUCCUCUGCAGCUGUAGCCCUUCCAGUUCAAGGCUGGCAAGAGGGCAACAGCAUUCAUGGAUAUUGUGGAAACCUUUAACCAUUUAAUUCCUAGUGACCAGUUGGAAGACUCUCUACUAAUAGGUCAGAAUUUGGAAUGUGAGGCAAGUAAUGAAUUUGGAACUGGCCUCCAUCUGGAAGAAUCACUGAAGAACAUGCUCAGUGACAAAGAUCCCAUGUUUGGAUCCGCAAGCUCUCAGUUCAAUCUCCUGGAUACCGAUGACCCCAAUUUUCAGGUUGCUGGUUCAACAGGUGCAGGUGUUGAAGAAGGUGCAACAUCCAGUAAACUCAGUGGUGCUGGUAGCGCGCUUGCCUGUGCAGGAACCGCACAAGGCAAGCGACCGGUUGGGAGGCCCAGGAAAUCACGCAAUACUGAAUAUGAACAAAAAAUUGACCAGGUAACUACUAACCUUUCAAGAAAACCUCGAGGAAGACCUGGUAGAAAACCAACUCACAGGCAACUGAAGUCAUUCCUCAUUGAAAAGGGAGUUCAAGGCCCCACACUGAAAAAACAAUUGGUUCUGGGAGGGCGGAUCAAUAUUCAUGAUCAUGAUGUUGCUUUAUGGCUAAAUCCUGUUGUAGUGUUAAGGCGACUAACAGUCACAGUUGGAGGAUUCAGGAUUGAGCUUCUUCCAGGACCCUCUUAUACACAAAACACAGCACCAGACCCAUCAGAAUCGUUUGAAGAAAGCUUUUCGUAUGGUGGGGACAUUGACUGUCCUGUGCUGCAGGAUGAGUCAGUUGUUGUACAGAAUUCCACACAAGAGAACCUCAAAGAUUUGGGAGUCACUGAAAAGUGCUGUGCUGAAGAUGUACCCCUUGCACUUGGUCCAUAUGUUAAUCCAAAUGAUGUACAAGCUGCCAAUGGGACACCUGUGCAGGAACCAUGCUUGGCAGAGGCUAAACUUGACACUCAAGAAGUUUCUGAGAACUACAAGCCUAUCAGUAAAGGAAAAGAUGACAUCAAAGACCCACAAAACAUUCAGAACAACAAAACUGCUUUGGAUGCUAAGAUGGAAAGUAAGGAUAAGCAUAAGAUGCUUGCGAAGAACUUAAUGAAGUCUAAACAAGGGCUGACCUCUGUAAAGACUAAGAGCUUGGUUUCUGGUAUACCAAGCAGCAUAAUUAAGGGACCUAAAGUACCCAAAAACAUGCCAUCAAAACCCAAUAUCAGAGGAGACACUCACAAUGAGAAAUCCAUGAAAGAAAAGGCAGGUAUUGCGUCAUUAAAAAGGCCUGGAGAAAAUGCCAAAACUGAGCAUGCUGCAAAGAUACAAAAGAUGCAGGACAUUGCACCAAAGCCAAAACUGCCAGUUACUUCCAGUCCUGUCAAGAAGACUCUGUCAUCUGGCAACAGCCUUGGUGACCAGCAGGGACAAACCAAACAAGCUCAUUCACAAAUUGGUGUCAAACCUGAGACUGCUCACACAACACAUGGUACCCCAGGCUAUUCUUCAAAAACACUUGAGGAGGGAGUGCAUGAGAAGCCCAAGGUGAAAAAGCCAGAAAAAAUCCCUCAAAAACUGAAGAGCAAAAAUGCAAAAAGCAUUUCUUUGGAUGAGCCGCAGCUGUUCAUCCCCGAUAAUGCUCCAGUUGUCAAGAAAGAAACUGCAGAAGAGCCACCUGCCAACAGCGAGAGUGUAUGGGAUGGCAGCAAUAACUGUGGUCUGUGCAAGAAACAUCAUAACAACACAUUCAUGGUUGGCUGUGGUCGCUGUGAUGACUGGUUCCACGGUGACUGUGUGGGUCUGGACCUAAUGAAGAUACAUGAAAUGGAGGAGGAGGACCAAAUGUAUGUUUGCCUGAAGUGCUGUGCUGAGGAGACCAUCAAGGUGGAGCCUGAUGUCCAGAGUGCAGCCAAGCCAGAGGAAAAGGUCAAGCAUGAGGUUAAGGAUACCAAACCACCUCCCAAGCCGGGGCAAGGAUCGUCGCAGUCACUCACAUCAGCCGGGGUCAAGCCAGUGAAAAAGGACCCUGAUCGAAGGCCGUCAACAGAGCUCAAAAGUGCGUCACAAAAACCAGGAGGUCCAACCAAACAGGACAGAAAAAGCAAAAGUUCACCUACAACUGUAAAGAAACCUGUGUCGGUGGAGGAGAUCAGGAGGAGCGUCCGUGAUUCUCUGAAAGACAUCCUUCUACAACGGCUAAAGGACUGUGACUUGAACGUCACAUCUGAGAAGGCCUCUGAGGUUGCUAAGAAGACCGAGAGAGAACUUUUUCACUUAUACAAAGACACAGACACCAAAUACAAGAGCAAGUAUAGGAGCUUAAUGUUCAACCUCAAGGAUACUAAAAACAAUGUACUAUUCAGGCGAGUUCUCAAAGGGGAAAUUUCCCCAGGUAAUUUAAUUCGAAUGAGUCCUGAGGAACUGGCCUCCAAAGAACUGGCUGCUUGGCGACAAAGGGAGAAUCGACAUACGAUUGAAAUGAUAGAAAAAGAGCAGAGAGAGGCUGAGAGACGACCCAUCACCAAAAUCACACAUAAAGGUGAAAUUGAAAUUGAAAGCCAAGAACCAGCGAAAGCACCUGAAACGGUAGAGCUUGAGCCAGCUCCAAAAGUGUCAGAAGAAGCAGCAGCCCUUCAACCCAUACAGCAGAAAUCAAAGGGCCCCAAGAUUGAAAAAGACACCACCAACCAACACAAAGCUCAUUUAUUUGACCUACACUGCAAGAUCUGCACAGGUCAUAUGGCUCCACCUGUUGAAGAGGCACCAACCAAAGUGGUGAAAGUUGCCACCACUGUUGCAAGGAGACAGUCAUCUACUGUGGAGGAGAGUAAUAACACCCCCCCUGUUGUACCGGAGGAUGACAUCCACUUCACUGUUCUAGAGGAAAGUUUCCGUAAUGCUCAGUUAUCAAGCGCUGACGGAAGGUCAGAAUUUACGAGUGGAAGAGUCGAGGAAGCUGCUUUCCUUUCCAACUUGAAGUCAUUCUGGAGAGGAUUCAUCAAUAUGCCCGCUGUGGCAAAGCUCGUGACGAAAGCCUUUCCUGUCUCUGGCAUUUUGGACAAGUUGACAGAGGAUCUACCAGAAAGCAUCCAGGUUGGUGGAAGGAUAAGUCCACAGACAGUUUGGGACUACUUGGAGAAGAUUCGUGCAACUGGAACAAAAGAGGUGUGCUUGAUUCGCUUUUCCCCUGAGACGGAGGAGGAUGAGAUCUCCUACACGCUUCUGUAUGCCUACUUCAGCAGCCGGAGGCGUUUUGGGGUGGUUUCCAACAACUUGAAACAAGUGAAAGACAUGUAUCUCAUCCCCUUGGGUGCCGCUGAAAAAGUUCCCCACCAACUUGUUCCUUUCGAUGGCCCAGGUUUGGAGAUCAACCGUUCCAACCUCCUUCUUGGACUGAUAAUUCGUCAGAGACCUAAAAAGGACUUUCUCCCUGUAGAAAUGAACGAAGUUAUAAGGAUUAUUCCUGAGAGCAAACCCCCUGCCCCGUCCACAAAUGAUACCCGAGCUGCAGGAAAGGAUGAGAAGUUUUUCCUCCCUUCUCUUAAACCUGUUUAUACAAAAGAGCCGGACAUACUGCUAAAGACUACUGAAGAGACUGUCGAUGAGCCGAUUACGGAAUCUUUUGAAGAAGCAUCUGCGACAGAGGAGGCCAGCAGCCAGGAAUCCUAUAAACCUCUGCGCUUUCUUCCAGGUGUGUUAGUUGGCUGGGGUGGGGAACUGCCACCCCUGCCAGAUGUGGGAGGUAGACCUACAUCAGCAGCUGAUGACCCUCAGAGGCCCCAGCCAGCUCCCAAUAUAGAUGCAGCAACCCCAGGAAUCUCGACCAAAAGUCUUACACCUGUUGCGCGACUGGACCGCUUUGUCAUAAAGAAAAAAGAACCCAAAUCCGUUAAAGCUGAACCUGAGCAAUCCAAUCCAACAGACAAACCUGUGGCGAAUAACUCGACAAGAAAGGAUGGUGUAGGGGCAACACACAUCACAUCAGUGUCUCUGAAAGAUAAGCCUCCAGAUGUAUCGACUGAAACAUUCUUGGCAAGCUUGGCACCAGCUCAGAGCGGGACCGACACUAGCAGCGCUGUCUCUUCAAACAAAGGAGACGGUAGCCUUCUGUCUGAAACUGAAAGAGGAAAGCCUGAAGGCAGUAUCGUGUCGCACUCAAAACCUCAAGCUGCCUCAGAGAAUGCAAUUAGCUCAAAACCCCCUUUAAGUGGAAUCCUGAAAAAAAGUUCUGCAUAUUUCGGGGCAAGCAAGGACAAGAAAACGGAGGUGGAACCCACGAACAAAGCCAGCGACCCAGAUUCUUUGAAUCCACAACCUAUUCUUUUGUUGAAUAGCAGAAACAGCGAUCCAACUUUGGCAUCGCAGCAGGAACAGUCACAUCUUUCUCAGGCAGAGUGCAAAUCUGGUGACGAAGUUCAAAGUAACAUUAGUGAAAUAGAAGACCCCGGCACACCUGUUGCUGGUCCCAUGGCAGCUCUGCCUGCAAACCCUCCUACAGUUCAAGGACAACAAGUGGCCUCUUGUGCCCCCACUCAGACUGAAGACUCUUUGUCCCAGUACGACUCUGUUGUGCCACCAGCUGUCUCAACACAGCCUCAGGUACCUGGCAGCUAUGGUUACCCCUCCGGCCCCGCUCCUAACGUUUUACCGACCCCGGACACCCAGAGCCAGAACUCUGCACCAUGGGCUCAAGAUGGUCCUGUUUCUUCACCUGCACCUCAAGGCGUACUGUCACAAUACCUGGACAGUUUCUCCGAAUCAUCAGGCCGACCUCCCACCUUGGCUAAAGACUUCAAGCGACCGGAAGAGCGAUACAGCGACCCCUGGGAGAGGCCCAGGCACACAGAGGAAAGGGACCAUUAUGGCAGGCACAGCCACCACAGCGACGCCCAUCAAGGAAAGAAGAACAAGCACCACGAGCGGGAGCACGGAAGUAAGCAUGAACGUGCCCACGAAGACAAGUACAGGGAAAGGAGCCGGCACCACGGACACUCAGAGGACCGCUAUGGUGAGAGGAGGAAAGAGAGGCACUACAGUGAUGACUAUAGCAAUCGUCACAAAGACAAACACAGGCACAGAAGACUCUGAUUAUGAAAAUGGAAGAAGACGAACACUUAUGUUUUUAUUUUAUCCGGUGUUCUGCAGCUAUUUUCAUGCCCUUUCCUAUAUAAAUAUUCCUUUUUUUGUAUUUACAAUAUAGCCAAGAAAAAGCCUUUUAAGGUUAUUUUUAAGCAAAUUGUCAGGUCAUCCAGAUGAUUGUGCUGAAACACAUUUUUCAAAAAGUUUCUAAACAUUGUAUAUAUAUCUUUGUAUGUUGUAUACUGACCUGCUGCACUGACUUCAAAUGUUUCCAGAUCUAUGAUAACCUAGUGCACAAGCACAGACCAUAAGGUGAAAAGAUCGUUAGUAUCGCGGAAAUAUUUGGAACGAAUGUAACAGUUCAGAACAACUAACUUAGAGAAAGGAAUUUAAAUGGCAUCUUUCCAUGUUUUGGCAUUUCAAGUUCAGUAUUUUUUUAAAAGGCUGAAAUGUUUUUGUAAAAUUGAUUUUUAUUGAAAUGUCUGUACAUUUUGGCCUGUCAUGUACAUUAGGAAACAAGCGUGCCUUUGUGUUACUGUACAGUUCGUAAUAAAGCUAAUUUUUUAUUGUUGAUUAAAGUGAUUUGCUGAUUUCUACU